AUUAUUAUUGAUAAUAUUUUGGUGAAGAAAAGUAUCAUAUACUGAUAUACUGCUAUAAGCCUACACUCUAUAAGAAUAGCUUCCGUUGCCUCUCUUUUCAUCACACUCGUUCUGUUCUACCUUGCUUCAAUUAUUAUUAUACUUUCUUCGUCUUCAUCUUCAUUUCUUUACAUCUUUUGUUUAUGAUUCACUUUUCUUCUGCAUAUUUCUAAUUCGUUCUUCCACUCCAUGAUCUUCAUCAAAAACUCAUACGAAAUCAUAUUUAUCUAGUCUGUGAAAAGCCUGGCUCACUUCCUCAAUAUUUUACCUAUUCCUUAACCAAAACAUUUAUAAAAGCCUUCAAAGCAUGUAGUAAUAUCUCUUAUUAUCUCUUCUUUCUAUAAAACCAAAAAAAAAAAAAGUUUUGAUGUUUACAUGUUUGAAAUUUAUAUUUACAAUUCUCUAAGUAAUUAGCUAUAAUUAAAUUCAGUAUAUAGUUAUACUACCCAACACACUGGCGGUAGUUAAUUCAAUUCCUUAGAGAAAACCUUUAAAAAAAUCUUUAAAAACAUGUAAAGUCUGUCCUUUCAAUUCAUAAAUUUCUACCCUUUUUAUUUAUUAAUAAAAAAAUCCCCAAAAAAAAAAAAAAUAGUCUCAUCAAAGAUAUCAAAACAUUAGAAAAAAAAAAUGCCAGAAACAGAGAUAGGAUCACCAACGGCAGCGUCGGCUCCGGCAACUCCAGGGACUCCAGCUCCAUUAAUAUCAUCAUACAGAAUAGACUCAUUAUCAUAUGAUCGGAAAUCGAUGCCGAGAUGCAAGUGCUUGCCAGUGAGCGCCCCAACCUGGGGUGAGCCUCACUCUUGCCUCACCGAUUUCCCCACUCCUAAUGUCUCGCUCACUCGCAAGCUAGGAGCAGAGUUUGUGGGAACGUUCAUACUGAUAUUCGCAGCAACAGCAGGGCCAAUAGUGAACCAAAAGUACAACGGUGCAGAGACUCUGAUUGGUAACGCAGCCUGCGCUGGGCUUGCGGUGAUGAUAGUGAUACUGUCGACGGGCCACAUCUCGGGGGCCCAUUUGAACCCGUCUCUGACCUUAGCUUUCGCAGCUCUGCGCCACUUCCCUUGGGCCCAUGUGCCCGGUUACAUCUUGGCCCAAGUGUCUGGUUCAAUCUGUGCUUCCUUUCUUCUCAAAGCUGUGUUCCAUCCUUUCAUGUCCGGUGGCGUUACUGUUCCUUCCACCAGCCUCGGCCAGGCUUUUGUGCUCGAGUUUGUUAUUACCUUUAAUCUCUUGUUCGUUGUUACUGCUGUUGCUACCGACACGCGCGCGGUGGGAGAGUUGGCCGGUAUUGCAGUUGGUGCUACAGUUAUGCUAAACAUUCUUAUUGCAGGGCCGGCAAGUGGAGGUUCAAUGAACCCAGUUCGGACACUAGGCCCUGCUGUGGCUGCAGGUAACUACAAAGCACUGUGGGUAUUCUUGGUGGCACCAACACUUGGGGCCUUGGCAGGUGCUGCUACCUACACCGCCGUUAAGCUCCGUGACGAUGAGGUUGACGCUCUCCAACGUGAAGUUCGACCCGUCAGCUUCCGCCGUUAGUUAGCCACUAUCAAUAACAUGAACGAGUAAUAUUACAAUAUGUUCAUGACAAAGCUAAUAAAAAAAUAAUGCAAGUGACAUAUGAUGCGAUGCGACCCUAAGUCUACUCUACUCUACUCUAUCUCUAUCUAUAUAUUAUAUAUAUUUUAUGAAUUGAUGGUGUGUUUUGAUUGUUGCGUAGUUAGGCUCUGCUCUCUCUCGUUCCAUAUAUAGGCUAUUUCUUGGCUUGUUGUGAACAAUGUGAUUCUAUACUAUAUAGUACAGACAAGUAGUGCGUGACAACACAAUACUGUUUGCUUUAUGUAUUGUACAUUGUUCAAUGUUCAGUUGUUUGGUUUAAAUCAAAAUAAAAACUGCAUGCAUAUUCAUUUGCAUUUUGCACUA